UCUCAAUAGUUGCAAAGUCCCGCAACGGCCCCUAGGGGGAGCAGCACCUUGGAUCCAGUUUGCGGCUAUUGCAGCGAUUCCCACUUCCUCAUCAUUGCAAAAGCAAGUUCUGUGUGCACUCCCUAAGCGCUCUGCUGGGACGUUCAGGAACUCAGCCACCCAGCCCGUAGCUCUUGAUCCGCGCUGUCUUUCCCCAGAAGCCCUCGUAAAACCGCCGAGCAAGGGCUAUAGCGCUCCAAGAGAAGACAGCAAGGAGCUUCGCACUAGCUUCACGGGCAGGAGGACUUUCCUGCAACUUGUAUACAGCUAUGUCAAAGCCGCCACCUAAACCAGCUAAACCAGGACAGGUCAAAGUCUUUAGAGCCCUGUAUACGUUUGAACCAAGAACUCCAGAUGAACUAUAUUUUGAAGAAGGGGAUAUUAUCUACAUUUCCGAUAUGAGUGACACAAAUUGGUGGAAGGGAACUUGUAAAGGCAGAACUGGGCUAAUUCCCAGCAACUAUGUGGCUGAGCAAGCAGAAUCCAUUGACAACCCACUACAUGAAGCUGCAAAGAGAGGAAACCUGAGCUGGUUGAGGGAGUGUUUGGAUAACAGAGUUGGUGUCAAUGGCUUAGACAAAGCUGGAAGCACUGCCUUGUACUGGGCAUGCCACGGUGGACACAAAGACAUAGUGGAUGUGUUAUUGACGCAGCCAAAUGUAGAACUAAACCAACAGAAUAAACUGGGAGACACAGCUUUGCAUGCUGCUGCAUGGAAAGGCUAUGCAGACAUCAUUGAAACACUGCUGGCAAAAGGGGCCAGAACAGAUUUAAGAAACAAUGAGAAGAAAUUGGCUCUGGACAUGGCUACCGAUGCUGCAUGUGCCUCCCUGCUUAAAAAGAAACAAGGACAAAACAUAAUGCGAACAUUAAGUAAUGCAGAGGAAUACCUUGAUGAUGAAGACUCUGACUGAACUGCCUUAAUACUGUCCUUAAAAGCUACAAUCUCUAUUGCCUCCACCUUUCCCAAAUCCUCUCUCUAUAACUACAAGAUGUUCUUUCAUAUAUAUGGUAACAAAGUGUUCGAAUAAUUUAAAAUAUUAUGGUGAGAGAUCCCUUCUGCAGGAUGAAAGCCAACCCUGUGAAUUCUCUUAAUUCUUUUAAAUAUUUGGCUGAGUGAGAGUAUUAUGUAAGAUAGAUUUUUCCACCUAUCCCCCAUCUUAUUGGAAAUGGGCAUUGCCAUUUAAAACAGGUAUGUUUCAAAAUCUGAGAUGGGCAGACAUGUUCCUGUUUGCAUGGCAAGCAUCCAUCUUAAAAUAUAUCUGACAUGGUUAGCAUGAUUUUACAGAGAACCUCCUCUCAGUAGAUUUGGCUGUUUUUCCAUGGGCAUCUUCACUUUCAUUGCUGAGUGUAUGUGUGUAUAUAUAAGUAAAGUGGGUCCUCUACUACUGGGAACCCAAAUGUGGGGGGAGGACAGGAAAGGUUCUUCGGGGGGGGUGCUGAAACAACCCUCACUUUUCUCUCCCCCCCCCCAGUUAUAUCCAUGACAGCAGAGGACUGUAGGAGCACAGCACUGACCCUGAGAAGGGACCAGGACUGAUUAAGAUUUGCUGAGGGAAGAGAGCAUAACUUGCUUCAUCAUUCAGCACAAGAAGCCAGAAAUCCCUUUACCUUAUAAUUGCUUUAACGAUAUAGGAGCCUUAGCCUUCCCUUCACCAGUGGUGUUACUGGUGGGGAGAAGCUGAAAUUGUGCCUGGUUCAUCACUAUCUGACACCAGUGGUGUCAGAUAGUGAUGAAGGGGGCUGAGCUCUCUCUCCUGCUUUAUGGUUUAGUCCUAAGUCCUUAAACAGGCAACAUUCUUUUUGAAAGUGAACAUUGAGAACUUUGGCCCCAGUCCAAAUGAGAACAUGUCAGUAAUAAUCAAUCAUGCCAAUCAGCCAUUAGGCAGAGAGGUGGAAAGGGGGAGGGGCAUUCUGUUCACCAUUUCCCUUCCCAAACAGCUGAUUGGUGCUAUUUCCAAUGGACGCUAAUACUGCAGGCAUCCCCUGCAGCUAGGUCAAUAGAGGGGCCAUACACAAGACAGCAUCCAUCCACAUUGUUCCUCAGCCAGCUUAGGAUACAUAUGGGGGAACCUAUUUCUUCAUGCCUUUCCCACCUAACUGGAUUGGGGAAUUUACUUACCUAAGGUGCUUUGACUCCAAAUGACUGCACUGUGACAUCUAAAAUGUGUGUGGGUUUAUAUCUGUAUCGUGGAGAAGAGAAAUAUGUUUCCCUUUAUUUUCUUCUGCUUCCCCCUCUCUCCCUCAAAGAUCCUGCUCUCAAUCUCUCCUAAACUACUUUACCUCAGAGUUGAUGAAUUUCUGAAAUCGUUUUAGGUAGAAAACCACAAACCAAAAAUAUCUUCAGAAAAGGAUCCAGUCUGAAUAAAUAUUUUAAAAUACUUUGCAUGUUAUUGCAUUUUAUUCUUAAGAAUCUAAGAAUUAUCUGCAUUGAGUACACCAGCCUGACAAGUGAAGAUGUCUACAACUGGGAGCCAGAAGCUUGCUGUUGUAAAUCAGUUUGUUUAAAUAUGCUUACAUUAGAACUAUGAUGCAAGUUUGACUACAGUGCUAAUUAUGGUUUUGCAUUAAUUCAUGUCUACCAGACAAUUCACAUCACAUUGAAAUGAGCUCUUUUUUGCACACGUAAUUAAGUUCUUAAACAUUUCAUCCUAUUUUACAAGGCUCUUACAUCUCCAGACAUGUUUAUAGCACAAGCAGCUCUGUAGAUUAGCAAUUUACUCUGGAUUUUAUGAGGUUUUCAUUUUAUGUUCUUGUACUAUCUGCAUAUUGAAGAUAAAGGCUGCAGCACUAUUUGUGCUAUUUACAGUUCAUACAAGUAAUUCAACUUCAUUGUCAUCCAUCAUUUUUACUUCUGUAGUAACUAGUAGAUCUUUCCUAAAAUAUAUUUUAAUGUCUUUAUUUGCAGUGUACAAAUAAAUGUAUAUUUUAUGAUCAACAUCCAUUACUUUAAUAAACGAUUUUAAGUUGU